AUGGAGUUGACAGAGCUGACCCUGAGGAUCUUCUCCGUUCUGGAACGGCAGUGGCUGGUCCACGACGUCGGCGACGGCUCAUUCAAGUUCCCGCCGCCGCAGCAGCAGCGGAGGAAAACCAGAAUCCUCAGCAUCGACGGCGGCUGCGGCUUCCCGGCCCUCGCCACCGCCCUCGCCUCGCUCGUACACCUCGAGCAGCUCCUUCAGGCGGCCACCGGCGACCCAGAGGCCCGCAUUGCCGACUUCUUCGACCUCGUGGCCGGCACCGGCACCGGUGGCGUCCUCGCCGUUCUCUUAACGGCGUCUAUGGAAUGCCGCGGUCCCCUCUCCGCCCGCGCAGCGGCGGAGCUGCUCCGGAUCGAUCUCCCCGAGAAGCCCCGGUGGAGCAUUUUCCGCCGCCGCCGGAUGCGGCGCAUGUUCUCUGCGCGGAGCCUGGAGACCGUCCUUCGUGCCGCGCUGGGAUCACUCACUCUGAGGGACACCGUGAAGCCGCUGCUGGUGCCCUGCUAUGACCUCCUCAGCGGCGCUCCCUUCGUCUUCUCAGGCGCCGGCGCCGGAGAGUCACCGGCGCUGGACUUCGAGCUCUGGAAGGUCUGCCGCGCCACGUCGGCCACACCAGGGCUCUUCGAGCCCUUCAACGUGGCCUCCGUCGACGGGGCGACGGUCUGCCAGGCCGUCGACGGCGGCCUCGCCAUUAGCAACCCCGCCUCGGCGGCCGUCACCCACGUCCUCCACAACAAGGCCGACUUCCCCUCCGUUGGCCGCGUGGAGGACCUCAUCCUGCUGUCCCUGGGCAGCGGAGGCAAGCGGCGGAGCCGUCGCUGGCCUCCGCGGGUCGCAGAGAUGGAGAUCGUCAUGGAGGGGCUCUCCGACGCCGUUGACCAGAUCCUCGUCAACGCCUUCCCGGGAAACGCCGACGGCUACCUCCGCAUCCAGGUACUUCAGAAGGGAACAUGAUCAACUGGAAAGGCUUACCCCCAUCGCUGAGCUCCUCUCUUCCUCUGGUUUAUCAGGUCAACGACUCGCCAGGGGCGGCGGAGGAGGAGGAGGGGAAGCUGACGGAGGAGGGGCUGAAGAGGCUCGGAGAGAGGAUCAUGAGGGAGAGGGGCGUGGAAUCGCUGCCUCUGGGGGGGAAGCGACUGUCAGCGCUGACCAACGGGGAGAGGAUGGAGGAAUUCGUCCGCCGCUGGCUUCUCCGCUCGGGAACCACGGCGGCGGAGCAGCGGAACAAGUCGGACGCUGGCGGCGGAGCCGAGCCUUGA